GGGGAGGGGAGGGGAGGGGAGGGGAGGGGAGGGGAGAGAACCGCCUCAGCGGCCGGGCCGAGCCUCCCUACCCGAGCGAGCGGUUGACGCCCGCGGGCAGCUCCCGGGCGGGGCGCUGUGCUGCUAUAAGAGCCGCGGCACAGUCCCCGCCCCUGUUCGUGCUGUGAGGGAAGGCUGUUCUCAGCAUCGGGCCGCGCGGCUCGGAGUCAGGGCCCGGAGCGCGGGGAAGGCGGUGGCCGCCGCCUUUGUUUCCUCUCUGGGGGCGGAAGAAAGAGCCCCGACUGCCCGGAACACCGGGCUGCCGGUAGGGAUACAGGUCGCUCUCAGCAGGCGCUGCCGCUUCCCGGAGAGGCGGGCGCUGGGCCGGUCCGCAGCGGAGAAAAGCGGAGGAUGGACCGCGACGGGCCGGAUGCUGCUCGGCGGGAGGCAGAGGUGGAGCGCGGCCGUUACUUGGAGCGGCGGGCGGUGGCCCAGGAGCAGCUGGCGCAAAUAAAGGAACACAAGGAUCAGGCAGAUCUGGCCAAGCUAGAAAACAAAAGAGAAGGAGAACAAAUACAGAGAUUGACUCAAUUGUACCAAUUGGAAAUUCAGAGAGGAAGAGAAAAAGAUCAGGAAGAAAAAGUUGAACGCCGGAGGCAGCAUCAUGAGUAUGUAGCUGAAAAGAAAAUAAUUGAAGCUGAAGAGAAACAAAAAGAAGACCAAGAAGAUGAUCUGAUUGAGGCUUAUAUUAAAGGAAAAGAAAUGAUGGCUGAUCUGACAAGAGAAAAAGUUGCUGAAACUAAUAGGGUAAUGCAGGUGCAUAAGGACAAAGCUCUUGAACAACUAACCGCACAGAUAAAUGAGGCAUUUAAGAUUGAAGAUGAUCGUCUUGCCAGAGGAGCUGCAGCAGUAGAAGAUGAAUACCAAAUAAAAAACAAAGAGAAAGAAGCAAAACAAAAGGCUGCCAUUGAAUCUAUUGCUGAACACAGAACCGCUGUGAUGAAGAUGAAAGCGGAAAAGGAGAAAGAAGAAAAAGCAGAGAGUGAGAGGGAUCAUAGUGAGUGGAUGACAGCAGAUCGCAUCUACCUGGAAAUGGAAAAAGACAAGAAACAAAGACAACAUGAUGCCAGCAUGGAAGUACAGAAAUUUCAGAUCCAGCAAAUGGCUGAAAAGCAGGCAAAAAAACAGCAGGAAAAGCAAGAUGACUUGGACUUCGAUGCUCAGAGAGAAGCUGCUUUCCAUAAGGAUCGAGCAUUUCGGAGAUAGAAAAUACAUCUGAUAACUGCAGAAGUAUCUACUAAGGAAUAAGAAGCUGGCCACUGUCUCCUUACAAGUUAUAUAUGCCUGCAAAACCUAUCAGUGCCUAACAGCUGGAGCAAGUUACAAGGCAUGCUAUUUGCCAAAACCUGCCUACACUCAACUUCAGCUCAACAAACAAGUGCCAUAGGUUGCAACCGUAUCUGUAACUGCUCUAGUUUUGUUAUGGAACAAAGCAGUAGAUUCACCUUCUAGAAGAGGUAACAACCAAAGGUAAACUAUCAAUUCACCUGCACCGUACUCCUCAAGUAUUGCUAGGCCUCCAGCCCUCAUUCAAACCUUAUGCUUUGGCUUAAAAAAAAUUUCUUGCUGAGCAAAUAAUAAAAUUGAGUAAGCUCUUUAAAAACAUCUGCCUCUAUCAAUAC